UCCCGGCUGUCACCGCGAUGAGGAGGCGACGCCGUCGCCGCCGCCGCCGCCGACGGGCCGCUUCGCGGUUCGCCCCUCGGGGGGUGUGAGGAGAGGCCGGGCCCUCCCGCAACUCCCGACCCUUCGACAGUGCCAACAUGGAGUGCUAGCGGCUGAAAGGAGGGCUCUGCGUUCCACAAUGCCCGUGCAGGCCGCCCAGUGGACGGAGUUCCUGUCCUGUCCCAUCUGCUACAAUGAGUUCGACGAGAACGUGCACAAGCCCAUCAGCCUCGGCUGCUCCCACACCGUCUGCCAGAGCUGCCUGAGUAAGCUGCACCGCAAGGCCUGCCCUUUCGACCAGACCGCCAUCCACACUGACAUCGACGUGCUGCCUGUCAACUUUGCGCUGCUCCAGUUAGUGGGAGCCCAGGUGCCCGAUCGCCAGGCUCUCCAGCUGAGCAACCUUGGAGAAGACAAGCACUACGAGGUGGCGAAGAAAUGCGUGGAGGAUCUGGCCCUUUACCUAAAGCCGCUGAGCGGAAGUAAGGGUGUGGCUAGCUUAAAUCAGAGCACGCUCAGCCGGCCGAUGCAACGGAAGCUGGUGACCCUGGUGAACUGCCAGCUGGUGGAAGAAGAAGGCCGCAUCAGGGCCAUGCGGGCAGCUCGCUCCCUCGGGGAAAGGACCGUCACCGAGCUGAUCUUGCAGCACCAGAACCCGCAGCAACUCUCGGCCAAUCUCUGGGCCGCUGUCCGGGCCAGGGGGUGCCAGUUCCUCGGGCCGGCUAUGCAGGAGGAAGCCUUGAAACUGGUCCUGCUGGCCUUGGAAGACGGCUCGGCCCUCUCCCGCAAAGUCCUGGUGCUGUUUGUGGUCCAGCGCCUGGAGCCCAGGUUCCCCCAGGCGUCGAAAACCAGCAUCGGCCACGUGGUGCAGCUGCUCUAUCGGGCGUCCUGCUUCAAGGUCACCAAGAGGGACGAGGACUCUUCCCUGAUGCAGCUGAAGGAGGAAUUCCGCAGCUACGAGGCCUUGAGGCGGGAGCAUGAUGCUCAGAUUGUCCACAUCGCCCUGGAAGCCGGUCUCCGGAUCUCUCCCGAGCAGUGGUCCUCCCUCCUCUACGGCGACCUGGCUCACAAAUCCCACAUGCAGUCCAUCAUCGAUAAGCUGCGAGCGAAGAAGUAACUAGGUGAAAGAGCGAAAUCGCUCUUGACACCUGCAAAAUGGAACCGGACACAUUUGCGACGUGUUCCUGAUAAGCUCACCGAAAGUUCAUUUUAAUUCUUCCCUUUUCGCACCCUCCCAGAUGCAGCGUCUCCGACAUGGGAGCAGCUGGAAAACGCCACGGUGGCCGUUAAGACUGUGGUGCGUGGCCUUGUGGAUUUCAUCCAGAACCACAGCAGAAAAGGCCCCGAAAUUCCACAGCCACAGCCGAACAGCAAGUAUAAAACCAGCCUGUGCCGAGACCUCAGACAGCAGGGCGGGUGUCCACGCGGAACCAACUGCACCUUCGCUCACUCGCAGGAGGAGCUGGAGAAGUAUCGGCUAAGAAACAAGAAAAUCAGUGCCGCCCCCGUGAGACCCUUCCCUCUGCUUGGGAAAGCCAGCAUCGCCAGCCCCCUCCCUGCCACCGUGGGGAGUGUCCUUCCCAUCAUAGGAAACAUGGACCCGGCAGGAAAGGCCUCGUCCAGCGCCAACAGGAGUCCCAGCCCAGAGAGCGGCGGCCCCCAGCUGAUUCCCCGUUGUAUGAACAGCCCUUCGUUACGGACUCUGGAGCACGUGAAGAAAGGAGGGAAGGCCGUGGCGAACAGCCAGAACCCAGCUUUGUCUCCCAACGAGCCUCUGCCUGAACAUCAAACCGGCUCCUCUCCGAAAACGCCUGUGAACCAGACCGCAGCUACCUCAGCAGGCCCUGUCCCUCCUCCCCCUCCCCUCCCUCCCUCCCCCGCCCUUGCGGCAAGUGAGAUCAGCCUCCUGGCCCCCAAACCCAGCCCUUUCACCGCCCGCCUGCCCAUCUACCCAGCUCCCUCGGAGGGCCUUCCGUAUUUCCAGGAUCCUCGGGCUCACCUCUCCUAUGAGGCUCCGCCUUACCCACCAACAGGAUACUAUCCAGGCCCCCCGGCGGUCGCCGCAGCUGUGCCGCCAUGCCUCCCUCGCUUUGUGAGGUCCAGCAACGUCUCAGAAUCUCCUCUCCCGCCGGCCUCCCUGCAGUACAGCGAACAUUACAGCACCUUUCCUGCUCGGGACAGACUCACUUCCACUUACCAACAGGCCCAACCGCAGCCCUACGGGCCGGUGCCUCCGGUUCCUUCUGGGAUGUACGCUCCGGUUUAUGACAGCCGGCGUAUUUGGCGACCGCUGAUGUACCAGAGGGACGAUCUCAUCCGAAGCAACUCCUUACCUCCCAUGGAAGUCGCCCACCCCUCCGUCUACCACAACUUCCUGCGGGAAAGAUACGGCUCUUUGGACAGCUACUGUUCGGUGCCCUGCCAGGUGCCAGCAGAGCAGAGGGCCGUGGCUUGGGCAAGGGAACCUUGUGGACAUCUGAAGCCUCCCUACGAGGACCCUCUCAGGAAGAAGCCGGAGCAGUGGGCUCCUUGCCACGUCCCCAAAGUACCCCUGGUGGCAACUCCCACUCUUCCUGCAGCCACGCCCUCUCCGUCCUCUCCUUCCCCUCUCUUCUGCGUGGACUUCAGCUCUGAAUUCAGCGAGAACUCCAGCGGCUCGAGCGACGCCAAGUACGAAGACGGGCAGCUGUGCCAGUACUCGCCCUGGUCCUGCACCACCCUCGGCUCAUGCAUCAGCGCGGUUGAGGCUGAACCAAAGGACGUCCUGGCUAAAUCCAGCGCAGUCCUCCUAGACCUGGACAGCGGAGACCCCAAGAGGCCGGCUGCCCACCUCUUUGAAACCCAGAGGAAGGCCAAGGAGGAGGACCCCAUCAUCCCUUUCAGUGAUGGGCCAAUCAUUUCCAAGUGGGGCGCCAUCUCCAGGUCAUCACGGACCGGCUACCACACCACGGACCCCGUCCAGGCGACUGCUUCCCAAGGAAGCACUACCAAGCCCAUCAGCAUGUCAGGUGCAGGCAGCAGCACUUUCAGGGGGGAGGAGGAGGAGGAGGAGGAGGAGGGGGAGAUGCUGAGCCUGCAGCUUGGCGCUAAUGAUCAGAACGGUAACCUCUUCGGUGGGUCAGCUCUGGAGAACGGCCACCCUGUGGAGCAGGCCCCAGUGGACACCAGGCAGGCAAAGAGGCCUCUCCUGCACGAAGGGCUUGCUCUUUUGGAGAAGCGGAAGGGAGUCUUGCCGGCCGCGGCCUGUUUCAGCCAACCGACGGAGUCCUCCACAGGCAGCAGGAUCUCUCUGCCUCUCAUGACGACGUCAGCCGGCAUGCACAGCCUUCUCCUCAAAACAGCCCACGGCCUCGUGGAAGGGCAAAGUGACUUUUUGAGGCCGAUUGCCAACAGCAAAAUGGUGAACACGGUUUUGAUUUUCAUAGGUUGCUUUUUAAUGAAGUAUGUUUUCUUUCUCAGGACUUGGCUGUUUUGCAAUUUAUUGUUUACAUACCAUGUCUCUUUCUCUGGUGCAUCAGAGUCAGAAAGCUCCGGUUCAGCUGGGUUUCUUUCUAAGAUAUCUAAGAUAUACUUUUUUAUUAAAAAAAAAAUAGUUUGGAGCAAGCAAGGGACUCGCCCGCCUGAUAGGAACUUGAUUUAAAAAAAAAAAACCAAUGGCGGGGAGAAUUGCAGAUCAAAGAAAACAGCUAAAGUCUGAGCAAGGGCCCCAAUCUUCCACGCCAGCUUUUUCUACUCGGCCUUGGCAUCUUACAAUGAUACUGUGUUUUGUUUUGUUUUUUUCGAUUGUGACUUAAUAGCAUCUCCAGUUGUUUUAUUCUCUUUUUGCAGGCAGAGCGGGGGCAGCCAGAUGAGAAGCGGGGUCUGUUUUAAGGCUCUUGAGUUUGCAGAACUAGGUGAGAAAAGCCAGGAGGAAAAAAGACCCAACUCCUUGAAGUAGCCCUGUUACUGAGAAAUGAAGGAGAAAUGUUGGCUCUCAGGUCCACACACAUGCACGCGUGUACUGUAGGAGCAGAAAAGAGUUGAAAUCGGUUUAUUUGCCUUUCUUCUGAUUCAGCCCUUCAGUUAAGCAGAGUUUGAACAAGGCAGAGGGAUGGCCACUGUUUGUAUUGGCCCAGACUUAAGGGGAGAAUCAGUAUUGUAAAGACCUUAGAGCGUCGAAGGAGAAGUUUGGCAUUGCCAAAACUGUUUGGUGCCAUACUUCAGUAGACGGCUACCUACAGGGCAUCUCCUGCUCAGGUUUUCCAUUAGCAGUGAGUGACUGAGCCGUGCUUCAACACACUCUUGCAACCGGCAGAUAUAUCAUCCCUGCUGGAUUUUUUUAAUUUGCCCAGAGAAGCAGUUCAGACGUGUAUGGACACAUAAAGGAGAGAGGUAGAGGGCACCUGGCAAAUGCACAACAGCCAAAGGAAUGGAGGAUAAGCUUUUUUUUAUUAAAAAACAAAAAACAGAAAUCCAGACCACUUGUGAAGGUCGUCUUAAAUAAAUAAUCAUAGGGUUUUUGCAGUGCUUGGUCUGCAGUGCCGGCUAGGUUCUGCACAAUGCAAUCAGAAAAUAAAGGGGCUGCCCGUUUUUUUAACCUGGGUUUUUGUUUUUGUUUUUUUUUGUCAGCAAGUAUGUUUUUCCAGUAUUUAUUAUCUCGUGAAUUCAGAGUUAAACUCUGCAAAGAACAUCUUUGCAGAAUGAGAGCUACGCACUCCCCAGGGUUUAAGUUUGUUUUGAUGUACCUUGUAUUUAGGAAGACUCAUCUCUUAAGGACUAGAGCAGAGGGCAACUUUAAGGUAGGCUGGCUGGAGAAUUCUGGCCGUUGAAGUCCAUAAGUCUUAAAGUUGCCAAGUUUGGAGACCUCUGAACUAGAGUCAUCAAUUACGAACGUGAUGACAAAUAACGCCAGCUCUUUCAAUGUUCAGUUAUUUCUUUUACACAGGGAGGGUCCCAGCACCAUUGUACCUGGUGGGUUCGUGCCUUUCAGAGGUGUUAGACUGCAAAAUCCAUCAUUCCCAGCCAACAUGUGUAUUUGCUUUGGUCAGAUAUGCUGAGGGGGUUGUAGACCAGGAUAUCUUGUUCACCUCCUACAGUAAGGAGAUGUCAAAAGGGUAUGUGACAAUACCCUCCAAAAUUUUUAAAUCUCCAAAUUUUUCUAUACGCACAUUCACGCAACUAUGCUUUUGCAAAGCUUUGAUGGGCUUUUUAAUUGUACUUGACAAAAAUCUGACAUUAAAGAACUCUUGCAAGUGCCCGACACAUGGACAAAGCUCAUUUGCACAGAUCUUAAUCCUCCCCUAAUGAAUUCUCGGUCAAUUAGUCCAAGGCAUAGGAAAUGCAUGCAUUUCUCUUUUUUUCAGGUGGAUAAAUCCGUUAUACUGUAGUUGUGAUACAACACGUGUGGUUCUUUAUUUUCUACUGCACAGACCAACUGUACAGCCACUCCGGAGUAUUGUAAUUUAGCAUGCAGUAUCUACUUUCCACAUUUACACUAUAUACUGCAUAUAUUCUUUUCCCUGAAAGUUAAAAAGAAAGAGGGGGAAAAAAAAGACUUUUUUUUCUUGAGUUGAUUUAAGAUUUUAUAAACCUGCUUAAUCUGGAACGUUUGGGAAAAGAGGCCAGUUUUUUUGUCAAUUGUACAACUGCUUGUAAAGCUCAAGUGUGAAUAUUCUUACGUCUGUAUUAGACAUUUUCUUUGCAAAUCUAUUGUUCGAUUAAAAUGUAAAUGAGAUAAAGAUGGUGUACACCCAUCAUAUAUAAUAAAGCAGAUUCCAUCGCUACGAUGGAUUUAAUGCUCAUUUUUAAUGGUGCAUUCUCAGCUUCUAUUUAAAAAUAUAAUUUAAAAAAAUAUCUGUAAAACAAAAUGGGGAUUAUAUUUCAGGGUGGGGUAAUGAAUUCUAUUCCAUUUUGUUCUGUUUUAAAUCUCCAAAUUGUAUUACCAUUAUUUUUUUUCCCUUUUGUGUUAGAGGAAUAGGAUUUACACCAGGGAUGUUUAGACCAUACGGUCUGUAUUUUUGGGAGGGAAAGUUGGAAAAAAUGGGAACCGGCUUUGUGAUUUAGCCUGAAUAGUAUAUACAUGUAUGUUUGCUGUAGCACUGAAAUAGAGAUUGUUAGCUUUAAGGCUGGUCACAGACUUUAGCUAAUUGUGGUCUGUUUGUUUGUUUUUUUCCAGUGUUUCAAGAGAGACUUAAUAGAAUCUAUUUGCAAUACUUGAAAUGUAUUUGCAUGCUGUAAAAUAAAAAAUAAAUAUCUGCUUAAA